UAAAGUGACUGAUUUAUAUUGCAAUAUGUCAAACGCAUCCCUCCGGGCCAUCAUGCGGACUUUCGUUAUGAACCGGAGAUUUUAUAUCGCUGAAUAUAUUAACCAACAAUCCAGUUCGCAGAGUGCUCAGGACGCAAAUGGCGGCAAAGCGACGGCUCCUGCAGCCGAAAUGGAAAGAAGUUUGGCGCCUGGUUUGACCGAGACAAACGAGAGCAGUCCGGAUUCUGAAGAAUCAGUGAUUCCGCCGCCAUCUUCCUCUAUAACCGGAAUUGAAAAUUGUACGAGGAAUCAAAGGUUUCGUGAAAUCAAUCACGCGAAACCGAAGGGUGGAAAAGAUGUUUUCCAAGAAAAUUACAUGCUGCUGCAUUUAACCCAAAAUACACUGAACUCCUCAAGGCUAUCAAUGCUGACGAACGGUGUUAUGCAGCCAUUUGUGAAGCGGGACGAUUUGAAAAGCCCCAAAAAGUCAGUCUGGAACUGAUAAAGCCGAUUGUUGCAGCAGUUUGGACAGAUGGCCAUAAAAUGUUA